GGUUUAAAUCCCCGCUGCUGCAUUAGCCACGUGGGUGGCUGCUGAGUUAGGAGCGGCUUUUGCUGCAGGGACGGUGGUGGGGAAGCCGGAGGGUCUUUUCGUCCGCUCAGGAAGUGAUUUAUGUAGCUGGGGGAGCCAGUCCUAGUGCUUGCGGUUAAAGCUGAAUGACCAUCUCCUAUCAGAAAUGACCAAAACGAAGAAGAAAGAAUCCCCUUUCCCGACAGAUAAGUCUACAACUAAACCAGAAAACCUUAAGAACCAGCACAGGAAGAAGAAGAAGAAGAAGAAGAAGAUAUUUUGGAAAAAGAUCAACCAAGUAGAGAAGAGAGCAAGCAAAGAAUCUCAAACAAUAGAUUUGCCUCCGAAAACUUCUCAGGAAAUUUCAUCAAAUUGGAAAGCCCUACAAAAGCUUCUGCAACAAAAGGCCAAUCAUUUGAAUUCUGCGGUUACUGCUCCUGAUACUUACUCCAAGAAAAAACACUCUGCCCAGGACGGAAAAACUGUUCCACGUGUAUCGGGACCGAAUGGAAUUGGGAAGAAGAUGACAUCAGAGGCUCAGGUUCGAAGUUCGAGUCCCGCAAGCGUCACGAGAUCGAAAAAAUCAGCUCAAGUGAAGAAUCCGCAACAGGUUCGAGAAGCUGGCAAAGAGCAGAGAAACCUCCAGAUGGACAACGGAGAGAAGAAUCAAGGAGAUAUUAAACAUAAAAAAAGGAAAAAGGAUGAAGCAGUAGAAACAGCACCAGUGGACAUCUGGUUUGAUGAUGUGGAUCCAGAUGAUAUCGAGGCAGCCUUGGGACCAGAAGCCGCAAAAGUAGCCCGGGAGAAACUGGGCAUCCGAAACGAGAGAGCCCAGCAAGCGCCUGAACCUGAAUUGGUGAAAGAAAAUGCUUUUGAAGGGCUAACCAAAGCAGUGGCCAUAGACUGCGAGAUGGUGGGCGUAGGGCCCACCGGCGAAGACAGCAUCCUGGCCCGCGUCUCGGUUGUGAAUUUAUUCGGCAAAUGUGUUUAUGACAAGUAUGUCAAACCUUCGGAAAAGGUGACCGACUACAGAACCGCAGUUAGCGGGAUCCGGCCCGAGCACUUAAAAACAGGGGAGGAUUUCAAAGCUGUCCAGAAAGAAGUAGCUGACAUCCUAAAGGGUAGGAUCUUAGUUGGACAUGCACUUCACAAUGACUUAAAGAUUCUACUUCUUGAUCAUCCCAAAAAGAAAAUCCGAGACACACAAAGAUACAAACCUUUCAAAAAACAGGUCCAGAGCCUCAGACCUUCCCUCAAACUGUUGUGCAAGAAACUUCUCAACGUGGAGGUGCAGACAUCCGAACACAGUUCAGUCCAAGAUGCUCAAGCAGCCAUGCGACUUUACACUUUGGUGAAAAAACAGUGGGAAGCGUCCCUGAAAGAAAUCCCCAAGGCCAAGAAAAAUUAAAAAAACCUGGACCGUUUCACCCCCCCGGCUGUCUUUGCCGUUCGAUCAAUUCCGCAGUUGUCCUUUUGGCCCUAAAUUGGAUAUUGGGAGAGAAAUUAAUUGGGGUGUGUGUGUUACUUCAUCAGAAAAUGAAGCUUCCUGUGCGGUCGGUUGUAGAUUUGGGAUACUGCUGAAUUGAUCUUUUUCUGACUUAAGUCUCUGGACAGAGAUCGGCUGUUGGGUGUUCAGGGAGGAUCAAAACCGGGGGGGGGAAAAAAAUUUGCACGUGGCUGGGCCAGAUACCUCGAUCCCUAAAUCCAGUCCAGAAACGUUUGCAAUACGGCGGUUGAGUUCCUUUUUGGGACCACCUCGCCGUGCCUGUUGGAUUUGCCAUCUGCCUCUUGAAUUAUAUUUUACUUUUUCAAAAUAAACAUUAAAAAAAGCCGACCAGUUACGUGCAGGCCUUUGGAGACGGUGAGGCGUUGCAGCGCUUGGGCGAUCUUCGGAAGAAAAGUGAACAUGUGCUCUUUAAAUACAAAAUCUUUUUCUGCGUCUACGGAAAUGUCCUUCUGCGGGAAUCAAGACAGGUAUUCCUCGACUUUACGGCCACGAAUGGCGCCUGCCCGCCACAGCUGUAAAUUGCGAUAGUGGCAAAGCAGGCCGAUGACACGAGCGAUCUGCUUUUACGACCUUUUUUUUUUUGUGGCAGUCGUUAAGCGAACCCAGUGGAUCGCUGGGGGCCUGAAAGCCAGAUUUUGGCAAAACCGUCAUGAACGGCAAAUCCUUGAUGGCUGUAAAUCCAUUGUAACUUUUGUCAUAAGACGGGGACUACCUCCACAGCUAGAGUAUUGGCAAUAACUAUUUAUUAGGCCACUUCGUCUGUCAACACCAGUAAGGGAUUCCUUUUAAAUCUUAAAUCACUCGAGUUUUUAACUACCCCAAAGUAUGCUUUGGAUAGUAUUUAAAAGUGAAAUGCCAGCCAUCUUUUCUCCUUACCUGUCCUGCCUUAUGCAGAUGCUUUUGAAAUUGUAUCCAGGUUCCAAAAUUAAUAAUAUAGUAAAGGAAAGCAGAGUUUCUCUCUCUCUCUCUUUCUCUUCUAUUUUCUGCCUAAAUCUGUAUGUACACACCCUUCUCCAGCUACAUGGUAGAUCAAAAAGCUUUAAAACAAAUUCUUCCUCUUUUCCCCCACUUUUUGCUGUAUUCCAUGGAUAGGAUUUGAUCCUUGCAAUCCCCCUUUUAAAAAAAAGAAUAAUAAUAAUAAUAAUAAUAAUAAUAAUAAUAAUAAUAAUAAUAAUAAUAAUAAUAAUAAUAAUAAUAAUAAUAAUAAUAAUAUUUUAAUUUGUAUACCGCCCUUCUCCCGAAGGACUCAGGGCGGUGAACAGGCAGAUAAAAUACAAACAUACACAAUAGCUAAAAACAACCCUUAAAAGAAUGAUUUAAAUUUGCCCAAAAAUUUAAAAUAACAAUACACCCCACAAAAUUACAAAAAUUUAAAAACCCAUCAAAUUCAAUUAAAAUGAAGAAUAAAAUCAAGCUAGCCCAGCCAUACGAAAUAAAUAGGUUUUAAGACUUCAUUGUCGCAACUCGUUUUUCUUAUUUUAUUGUACGGCCUUUAACGUUUUCAGCAAAAUAUUCAUAUUCGUUCGCAUUUUGCAAAUAGACGCUGACGUUCCGUAAAAGCAAAACUUUUCCCUACAGUUCAUCUUGAAAUAAUCGACAGGGCGAAGAAAAAAAAAGUCGAAAGAAAAGUGAUCUUCUCUCAGGAGUCGUGCUUUAUGAGAAGCCCUGUGGGAGUGUAAAAAAUUGAGAAGAAG